AAAUUCUACCGGUAGCUGUCACAUUGUCAUUAUGAGCGUCAAGGCCAACCCCGGUGACAAAGUGAUCUUGGCCUACUCUGGCGGCCUCGACACGUCCAUCAUCCUCAAGUGGCUCGUCAACAAAGGCUUCCACGUCGUGUGCUACUGCGCCAACGUGGGCCAAUUCGGCGAAAACUUCGACAAGGUCAAGGCCAAGGCCAUUGCGUUGGGUGCGUCCAAGGUCUACAUCGAAGACUUGCGCAAGGAGUUCGUCGUCGACUACAUUUGGCCAGCUGUGCAAGCGAACGCGAUCUACGAGUCCCGCUACCUCCUCGGGACAUCGCUCGCCCGCCCCGUUAUUUCGAAGAAGAUGGUCGAGAUUGCCAACGCCGAAGGUGCCCAGUACGUCGCCCACGGCGCCACGGGGAAAGGCAACGAUCAAGUGCGCUUCGAGCUGUGUGCUCAAGCGCUCAACGCCAACCUCAAGACGAUUGCCCCCUGGCGCGACCUCGAAUUCAUCGAAAAGUUCAAGGGCCGCCAGGAUUUGAUUGCGUACGCCCGCGAGCAGAACAUCCCAAUCGACGCCACGCCCAAGGCCCCGUACAGCGUCGACGAGAACUUGUACCACACGUCGUACGAAUCGGGCAUGCUCGAAGACCCGAUGACAGCUCCGAUCCCAGAAAUGUUCAAGAUGACCGUGGACCCCAAGGUGGCCCCGAACGAGUCUGAGUCCAUCCGCAUCCACUUCAAGGCUGGCAUCCCCGUCCAGGUGUCCAACUUGUCACACCCUCAAGUUGACGAAACCGACCCGUUGUUGCUGUUCUUGGAGUUGAACCGCGUGGCCGGGAAGCACGGCAUUGGUCGCAUUGACAUCGUAGAAAACCGUUUUGUGGGUAUCAAGUCGCGUGGAGUGUACGAAACGCCGGGGGGUACGCUGUUGCGCGCGGCGCACUUGGACUUGGAAGGGUUGUGCCUGGACCGCGAAGUGAUGAAGUUGCGCGACUCGCUCAGUGUCAAGUUUGCCGAGUUCUGCUACAACGGGUUUUGGUUCGCCCCUGAAAUGGACUUUGUGCGCCAUGCGAUCGAGUUUUCGCAGAAGAACGUCACGGGCUAUGUCGACUUGGAGCUGUACAAGGGCAAUGUCACGGUCAUCGGUCGGUACUCGAACGUGGCGCUCUACAGCGCCGACCUUGCGAGCAUGGACUUGGAAGGCGGCGGGGCCAACAUUGAGUACAACCCGAGCGACGCCCAAGGGUUCAUCCGCAUCAAUGCCACCCGCCUCAAGGCGCACAACCUCGUGCAGAAGCGAGCUUAAGUCGACUUUAUAAUUCAUACUACGUAUACCGUUAUGAA